AUGGCCUCCCCCGUCCUAUGUCGGGCGUCCGUCCCGCUGCGGGGAAUGAUGAGCGUGGGAGGACAACGAUCGCUCUAUCUCGCACGACCACCGCCAGCAUUCUCUCUCCGUACAUUACCCCUCGUCCCACCGUUGAUAUCGAUGCGCAGACAACGCCCAGCUGUGGGAAUACGCGCAUUCUCCCUCUGGCCAUUCACUUCCUCCCCUCCAGCUCCCCUCCCACCAUCAAACGCAGCACAUUCACCCGAGUCGACCUCAGCAGCGCCCACAACCCCCGAAAACAUCCCCAACACCCCCUCACCUCCCGACCCAGUUGAGCUCUCUUCCGCAGCGUCAACACCACCCGUCGACCUCCCCUCGCACAGCACAAUCCCCGACCUGAGCGAGACAGUGCCGACGAUCGACCCCUCCUCAUGGCCAGUGAUGCACUUUGGCGACCUCGCCUCUCUAGACCUAGGCUUUUCCUGGACCCCCGCCUCCUGGGCCCGGGAAGGGAUAGAACUCGUUUCAGCAGGCACAGGCCUACCCAUGUGGACUUCCAUCAUCCUCCUCACCAUCCUCGUCCGGUUCGCCCUCUUCCCCCUCGCAGUAAAAUCCAUGCGCAACUCCACCGCGCUCGCCAAGAUCCAGCCGGAGAUCACCCGGCUCCAGACACAGAUAAAGAACUCGGCCAAGAAGGGCGAUUACGUCAAAGCCAACCUCGACCAGCGGGAAAUAGUCGCGCUCAUGUCCGCCAACAAGGUAAAACUAGGUUCGACGUUCGUCUACCCUCUCGCGCAGAUCACGGCCGGUAUAGGCCUGUUCUUUGGUCUCAGGUCCAUGUGCCUCAAGCCCGUACCUCAGAUGCUCGAGGGCGGCACAGCAUGGUUCACAAACCUCUGCGCUGAGGCGCACAUCUUUGGUCAGCACGCUGUCUGGUGGGCCCCAUGGACUUGGAUAGGCCUUGACACCCUCUGGAUCCUCCCUAUGGCAGCGACAGCAGUGAUGUACGUCAACUCCCGGUGGGGAGGCGACAUCGGUCUCCAAUCCCAGCAAGUCCAGAACAUGCGCAGCUUCGCCUCCAACAUGGUCGUCCUCUUCGCCUUCAUAACCAUCGUGCAACCUCAAGCCGUCUGUCUGUACUUCCUAACCAACAACGCCUUCUUGCUCCUGCAAUCCCAGCUCUUGGCAAACCCAACCAUCCGCAACUACUUCGCCAUCCCUCCCCCUGCCCCGCCGAGCCUCGACCCCCCUAAACCGCCUUUCAGGUGGCUCGAAGCCCCCGGGAAGAUCAGGAACUGGUUCGAGGAGCAAGCCAAGGCCGCAGCAGAGCAAGAAAGGGAACGAGUAGCCCAGGUCGUCGCUCGCGAACAGAGGCGGACAGCUCAGCAACCUGUGAAGUGGUUUGAUCUCGAGAACGAAAGGCACGCCCAGGCCCAAUCACAUAAGCCCAAAGACGCAAAACACCCCCCGGACCGCGUAGCCGCCAGUAACACAUUGCAUGAAGUGGAGAAACAGAGAGAGAAGAAGAUGCAUGCGGUGCCUUCCAAGGCGGGAAAGGUGGUCAUCACUGAGGAGAGCAGGCAACGGCGGGCGAAAGGAAAGCAUAUGCGAUAGGUACUGUAUGCGUGCGAAGCUGGAGCUGAUGUAGAAGGCUUUGAGCUUAAUGUGCUCGUUUAAUGCGCGUAUU